AUGCGGUCCGAGACGCGGCUUCCCGACCAUCCUACCAUCCUGAUCAUCUACUCUCCAACCCAAGAUUCUAAGCGUAAGGGCGCCUGCAACAUCAAUGGCCCUCUCCGAUAUGUCUCUGCCCCUACAGGUCUCCGCUUCUACACGGACGCUGCCCCUUCCGUGGGUUUUGGGGGAUUCUUCCAGGACCAUUGGGUUGCCGGGCCGUGGCCGCUACUUCCACCGGAGCAUCUCCUCUGCCCUACACGAGAUAUUCCCAGUGGUCGUGGCUGCGCGCUGCGGAAUCACACGUGGCAGAGAAAGAGGAUCUCUGUCAUGCGCGAUAAUCUCGACGUAGUGGAAGCAUCACACAAAGCUCCAUACAGCCCAUUCCUUCAGGAUAGGCGCUGCCACGCGCGCGGCCUCGCUGGGGCUCCCCCACCUCUCCAACAGCUGGGGUGCUGGUUCUCUUCGGCUUUCUCCGCCUACAUCAGCCCAGACGCGUCCGCCAUCCUGGCUGCACAACGCCUACUGACUUCCUCGUAA